AUGGAAGGCUCCUCCAGCCUCGCUUCUCCGGCCUCGCUCCUCCAGCAUCGCUCCUCCAGCCUCGCUUCUCCGGCCUCGCUCCUCCAGCCUCGCUUCUCCGGCCUCGCUUCUCCGGCCUCGCUCCUCCAGCCUCGCUUCUCCGGCCUCGCUCCUCCGGCCUCGCUUCUCCGGCCUCGCUCCUCCAGCCUCGCUUCUCCAGCCUCGCUUCUCCGGCCUCGCUUCCCCUCACAUCCCCAGCCUCCCAAACCCAAGAAAGUGGGAGUGACGGGCCCUCCAGACCCUCAGAUGCGCUGUCCGUCAGUCAUAGAGUUUGGGAAGUUUGAGAUCCAGACGUGGUACUCAUCUCCGUACCCCCAAGAGUACAGCAGGCUGCCUAAACUCUACCUGUGUGAGUUCUGUCUGCGCUACAUGAAGAGCCGCAGCAUCCUCUACCAGCACAUGCGCAAGUGCAGCUGGUUCCACCCGCCGGCCAAUGAGAUCUACCGGAAGGACAACGUCUCUGUGUUCGAGGUGGACGGGAACAUCAGUACCAUCUACUGUCAGAACCUCUGCCUACUGGCCAAGCUGUUCCUGGACCACAAGACGCUGUACUACGACGUGGAGCCCUUCCUGUUCUACGUGCUCACCCAGAACGACAGCAAGGGCUGCCACCUGGUCGGCUACUUCUCCAAGGAGAAGCACUGUCAACAGAAGUACAACGUGUCCUGUAUCAUGAUCCUGCCUCAGUACCAGCGCCAGGGCUACGGGAGGUUCCUCAUCGACUUCAGCUACCUCCUCUCUAAGAGGGAGGGACAGCCGGGCUCCCCUGAGAAGCCCCUGUCCGACCUGGGCCGCCUGUCCUACAUGGCCUACUGGCGCAGCGUGGUGCUGGAGUGUCUCCACGAGGUCCGCGACCGGCAGCUCACCAUCCGCCGCCUCAGCAAGAUCACGGGCAUCUGUCCUCAGGACAUAACCACCAGCCUGGAGCACCUGGGCAUGCUGGAGCAGCAGGGGGACAGGCUGGUGAUGGUGCGGAGGGAGAAGCUGGUGUCCACCCACAUGGCCCGCCUGCAGGCGCGGCCACGGCAGCUAGAGGUGGUGCCCGACUGCCUGCGCUGGACGCCCGUCAUCGUCACCAACACGGUGGUGUCGGACGAGGAGGAGGAGGGAGAGGAGGGCAACAGCAAGGAGGAGCAGGUGAAAGCCAGCCACAAGCUGUCCCCUCUGUCCUGGCACAUGAGCGAAGAGACGGAGAAGGAGAUGAAGUGCUUCCCAGGGUUCCCCGCCAGCCAGAGCUCCCCGGCCUCCUCCCCCGUCCGCUGCCCCCCGCCCGUCCCCGCCCCCUGGCCCCCUCCCCCCGCCAACGGCGAGCGCAGGGGCCGGGGGCGCCCCCCCAAGAACUGGCCCUGGGGCAAGGUGAAGGACAGCCCCCGGGAGAGGGGGAGGCCCCCCAAGAUGAGGGCGGCGGCCGAGGAGGACAAACGUGAGGGGGGGGCCAAGACCACCACGUCCUCCCCAGGCAGCCCCCCAGCCCUGUUCUCCCUUGACAGGCAGGCCGACGGCACGGGCGUCCGCUCCCUGGAGAUGCCCCGGCACCCCGCAGUACCACCCCCUCGCAGCAGAGGGCGCCCUCCCCGAAAGAAGCGAGGCCCCAAGCCCAGGCUUAGUGACGAGUCCCGGGGGGACGGCCUCCCCCAGCUACCCCUGGCUCCCCGGCUCAGCGACCCUGCGCCGGUCAGACGGAGCUGCUUCAGCGAGAGCAGCGAGGAAGAGGACGAGGAGGACGAGGACGAUGAGAGGAGGACUCGCUCCCCUCCCAUCCUCACCAAGCCCGCCAUGGGCCUCAAAUGCAAGAAGCCUUUGCGAAAGCGGCGCAUGCGCCCACGCAGCCAUCCCCACAGCAGCGUCGUCACGGAGACCAUCUCCGAGACCACGGAGGUUCUGGACGAGCCCUUCGCAGACUCGGACCAGGAGAGGACCAUGCCCCGGCUGGAGGAGGAGACCCCGCUGGGGCACCACCCCCUCCGCCGCUACCUGCCCGCCCGCCACGCCCUGAGACACGGGGAAGCCACGCCCAAGAGAGCCCGCCGCUCCCACCUCACGGAGUCGGAGGAGGACGAAACCACCCCUGUCCUGAAGGCGGCCUCCACUUUGUCAGCGGCCCCUGGGGACCCCCCCAAGACGGACCCAGACACUCCCGUCAAGAAGAAGAAAGGCUGGCCCAAGGGCAAGAGCCGCAAGCCCAUGCACUGGAAGCAGCGCCCAGGGCCGAAUCCAGGCAGCGGCGCCGGCGGCCAGGGGACAGGGGACAGGAGUCUGGCCCAGUCAGGGGAGCCCCAGCCGGCCAAGAUCAAGAUGAAGCCUGGGCGAAAGCCCCGGAGCUGGUACCUGCAGCGGGCCCAGGAGGAGGCGGAGAGGCUGGAGCAGGAGAGAGGAGGGGAGAAGCCCAUCGGGGCCCCGGACGACCGGGCCGGCAAGAGGCCCCUCCGGACGCCGGCCGCGGACGACAUCAGCAAGCGCAAAGACUCUGACGAGGAAGAGGACUACCUCCCCAAACCCGUGGAGCCCAAGAUCCCCAAGAGGCGGGGGCGGCCGCCCAAGAACCCCGCCCUCCGCCAGCCCCUCCCCAAGCCCCCCCCGGCGUCCGAGCCAGACGAGGAGGAGGACGACGAGGCGGAGCGGGAGAUGGGCUGGGGCGAGGACAAGCCCAGCCGGCCCCCGCCCAGACCCCUGCUGUCCGCCUCCGCCGGGCCCAGGGCCCCCCCGCCCAGGGUCGACCCCGACCUGGCGGAGAGGGAGGAGGAGGACGAGGAGAGGGAGGAGGACGAGGGCGCCGGCAGGAGGAUGGCUGCCAUGGCGGGCUCGGGGAGCCGGCGCAGCGACGACCACGACGCCGACGACGAGGGCGACGGCCACCUGGAGGACAAGAGCGCCGCCGGCGCCGGCGGCAACAAGAAGAGGCGGAGCCAGGACUCGGAGGACGAUGAGGAGGACGAGGAGGAGGAGGAGGAGGCGGCCUCGCCCGCCACCUCGCCGCCCGUCAAGGAGGAGCCCCAGGGCGGCGAGGCUUUUUUAGAGCUGCAGGGCAGCGCGGCGGCGGGCCGGGACUACGUCAGCAAGAGGGAGGAGGACGAGGAGGAGGAGGAAGAGGCAGAGGAGCAGCCCCCGGAGGCCAAGUGCCGGCCGGCGGCGGUGCAGGACGAGAGGCGGAGGCGGGAGCAGGAGGAGUCGGCGGCGGCGGCGGCGGCCGUGGAGACGGUCACGGUCAUCUCGGUGGCCUCGGAGCCCGUCGAGCUGCCGCCCCUGAUCCCGGAGGACAAGGCCGUCACCCUGCUGAUCGAGCCCCAGCACCCCCACGCGCACCCCCACCAGCAGCACCCCGACUUCAAGGAGGAGCUGGCCCACCACCCCCACCACCACCACCACCCCCACCACCACAGCAGCAACGAGCUGGACCUGGAGACCAUGCAGGCGGUCCAGUCCCUGACCCAAGGCGAGGCCCAGGACGAGGAGGCCGAGGCCCACGGGGCCUACCAGGACUGUGAGGAGACCCUGGCCGCCUGCCGCACCCUCCAGAGCUACAGGGAGCCGGAAGAGGAGGCACUGGCCCUGGUGGAGGAGUGCGGGGCGUCCCAGCACAGCAGCCCCCUGCCCAACCCGCCCAUGCCGCCCUUACCCAGCCAGUCGGUGCGCUCCGUCAACAGCCCGGGCCUCGCUCCCGGGGUGCUGGGCGAGCCGGGGCAGGGCCAGCGGGGCGGGACUCCCGGCCCCGCGGGGGGAGGCGGAGGGGGAGGCGGCUACACCCAGAUCACCCCGGAGCACCCCAGCUCCCUGUCGGCCCCCUCCCAGCAGAACAUGGAGACGAGCCCCAUGAUGGACGUGCCGUCUGUGUCGGACCACUCACAGCAGGUGGUGGACAGCGGCUUCAGCGACCUGGGCAGCAUCGAGAGCACCACGGAGAACUACGACAACCCCAGCAGCUACGACUCCACCAUGGGAGGGGGGGGCAACGGCGGGGGGAACGGCGGGGGGAUGGCGGCGGCGGCGGCGGCCUCUUCCUCGUCGGUCGUCUCCUCCUCCUCCAGCUCGGCCGCGCCCUCCUCCGCCUCCUCCCAGGCCAGCAGCUGCUCCUUCGUGCCCGCCCCCGGCAUCACCUCCCCCAGCGGCCCCGGCGUGGCCUCCCAGAUGUCCAUGGGCAGCUGCAGCCACAUCCAGCAAGGGGGCCCGGGCCAGAACAGCGGGCCGGGGGGCAACGGCGGCCCGCAGCCCCCACCGCCCCCUCCCCCGUCCGCCAACGCGCCCGGCUGCGGGAUCAAGUCCUCGCAGGGCUGCGUGAUCGAGCGCUCGCCCGGCGCCGGCCAGCAGCCCCAGAAGAAGGUGCCCCAGCAGGCCCCGGCCCCCCAGCCCCCGCCCUCGGCCCCCCCUCCCCCGCCCCAGCAGCAACAGCAGCAGCCCCUGUCGCAGUGUAGCAUGGGCAACGGCUUCUCCUCCACGCCCAUGAUCAUGGAGAUCCCAGACAGCGCGGGCGGCGGCGGGGGCGGCCGGAGCCUGUACGAGCGGAUGGGCCAGGACUUUGGCGCCGGGGGCUACGCCCAGCCCUCGGCCACCUUCAGCCUGGCCAAGCUCCAGCAGCUCACCAACACCAUCAUGGACCCCCACGCCAUGCCCUACUCCCACUCCCCCUCCGUCACCUCCUACGCCACCAGCGUGUCCCUGUCCAACCCAGGCCUGGCCCAGCUGGCCCCCUCCCCCCACCCGCCCCAGGGCCAGUCCACCAUGACCCCGCCCCCCAACCUCAGCUCUGGCUCCAUGAACCUGGGCUCCCUGCAGCUGCAGUGCAACAUGCCCACCGCCAACAUCAGCCUGGCGCCUCCCCCGCACACGCAGCGGCUGCAGGGCCAGAUGGCCACGGUGAAGGGCCACAUCGCCAUCCGCUCCAAGGCCACCCAGCAGCUGGCCCCCUCCCCCCACCAGCAGCAGCUGUACGGGCGCAGCUCCGGGGCCGUGGCCAUGCAGGGCUCCCCCCGCACCCUGGCCGUGCAGCGCGGCAUGAUGCCCAACCUCAUGCCCACGCCGGCCGCCUACAACUCCAUGAACAUGAACCCGCUCAACGCCAUGUCGGCCGGCUACCGCAUGCCGCAGCCCAUGAUGAACAGCGGUUACCACGGGAACCCGCCCUACAUGAACCAGCCAGCCCAGUACCCCAUGCAGAUGCAGAUGGGCAUGAUGGGAGGCCAGGGGUACCCGCAGCAGCCUAUGCAGCCCAAUCACCACGGCAACAUGAUGUACACGAGCACCCCGCACCACAGCUACGCCGGCGUGCCCAAGCAGUCACCGUACAUGAGCAGAUGAGCUCCACCCCGAUCACAUCGGAGAGAGAGAGGGAGAGAGAGAGAGAGAGAGAGAGAGAGAGAGAGAGAGGGAGAGAGAGAGAGAGAGAGGGAGAGAGAGACAGACGGGCCUAACCCGACACACUGAUCCUCUGGGUCCUGUCUAUCACUUGUAUUCACCCUCUCCGAAAGCCCUAACCGGCGCCUGAGGGAGAGAGGAAAAAAAGACGGACUUCCCGGGUUUCCUGUUUUGAAUUGUUGUUAAUUUUGUUCCGUUCAGUUGGACUUAGUUUCCCAGCCCCCCUCCAAGAGCUGGCUGUGCAAGGGAGAAGGGGCUGGGAGGACUGGGGGGGUAUGUGGACAUGGACCUCUGGGAUGAGCUGCCGCUGCGGUCAGACCCUGUCCCGGCUACGUGCUGGUGCCAGGGCCUCCUUCACUGCGUUGAUCCCCCCCCCCCCCCCAGAGCUCAGGAGGUGAGGGGGGAGGAAGAGGAGGAGGAGGAGGUGGAAGAGGAGGAGGAGGGACUUGAGGACGGACUUCGGAGGACAUGUUCAACGGAUAAAGGAAAAACGAAAUGGUUAACUGAAUAUAUAUUCAACCAUGCACACAAUCUUUUAAUUGACAUAGGAAGCCUUACCUUAAAAAAAGAGACAAUGAUUAUAAUUGUAGAUGGCCUUUUUUUUUUUUUUUUUAUGAUUGCGAAACUUUCGUUGUUUGUUUUCAUCUCGACGACCGUGGAAAAUACUUGUGUGCAGUCCAAACUAUCUAUGCUUUGGUCUUUAUAUGUGUGGCAUACUGGAAUGAUGAUUCAGUCUUUCCAAUAACACUUAAACACACACACACAUACACACAUUCUCAAGUACACACACACGCACACCUCCGUUUCCGCUUGGUGAGCCAAGGCGUUACUUGCGUAGGAGUAAAGUUGGGCCUUAAGGAAAUAGCAGGACAGGUCCGCAGUCUGUCUUCCUCGUAGAGCGGUGUGUAUCAGCACCCAGAACCUGCGCGGUGACCCUAGAGGUCAGGGGGUCACGGCGCACACACGUACGUCCACGAUAAAACAAGUAGCAUUGUUUACCCCCGAUCACAGGGCCACAGUAUAAAGCGCAGUUGUGAAACAUUUUUUUUUCGAUGUAAAUAUUCUGGUACUUCCCUCUGGACAGUCCCCCGACGACUCCCCCUAGUGGCAGGUGAGGGUCAUCGCGGCGCUCAGCUGUUCAGUCACACUCCAGACUGAGGUUGUAUAAACGUCAGCCCACGUAAUUGACUGUCUACUGGACAUGCGGAAAGACAUUUCUGGAGACCAUACUCACUGCUUUAAGGAAUAUCAGCUUUUUGAAGCUGGACCCCCCCCACUUCAUUAAGUGUUAAUGACCCCCCCCCCGAGAGGUCAAGGCAUCCUGUGUGAAUGGUGUUUUCUGUUAAACUGGUGUUGUUUUGUGCGCCUGCGCGCUCCAUUGACUGGUGUUGGGAUAUUGACCGUCAUGCCCCAAACUGUUGGUCGAUGCCUCACCCAGUGCAUUGUGAGCUGGCCCUCACGCACACACACGCACACACACAUGCAGGUGAAAAGGUAGGGUGCCCUGCAUGUGGUCAGAAUGGUUCCAGUACCAUGCUGGGAGUAGAGGAAACCCAGUUGCUAUUGUAUUCCAGUAUUCAAGUCAAAGGAGGAAACUUUUUUUCUUACAGACCAGACUUUUCAUAUUUUAUUUGUGUAAAUUGUUUUUAUUUCUUUUUUCUUUCAGUUUUUCUCUGAAUUUUAUCAGACUGGGCAGCUUUCUUUUAUGACACAAGCUGACUCUUUUUGACUUUAGAAAACCUAUUGUAGAGAAAAUGUUUUUUCUAUAAUAUAAAAAGGAAAUUCUGACAUUGAUAUUGGUACUGUCAUUUUUUUCACUUCAGUUUCAGGAAAAAACAAUACAUAUUUUUUAGCUCGACUUGGGUAAUAUUAUUAAGAAAUUCAAAACAACAAAAAAAUUACCACUCACUUUUAGUGAAUUUAAGAUGCCUUUAACCUCUCCAUUCCAUCUCAUCUCUAGAUUUUUCUAUCUUUGUGUAGUAUAUUAAUGCUAUUUUAAAACAAAAGGAAAAAACAGAUAUCUAAAGGUCACUUAGAGUUCUUUUCUUUUGUUUUGAUCUGUGUGUGUAUAGGAUGACUUCCUUACAUUUAAGAGGCAUGUAAAAAUGAGCUCAGUAUAUUUCUGUCUGUUUAUAUCGCUUCCCUUUUUGUAUCCUUUGUAAUUGUACAUGGUGAGUUGUAAGCUAAGAGAGAGCUCAAAAUAAAGAGAGGAAUGGGGCUUGGCGCACUGUGAAGGUUGGUUGCGUCCAGCUGCCUCUGCUCUUCUUUGUCCCUGUAUGUAUUUACAUUUAUUUGUUUUUUUUCUUUCUUAGCAAGUACUUUUAAAGAACUCUGUACAUUUUAACAUAAAACAAAAAUAAAUUAUGUUGAGCCAUU